UUUGUGAUGUGACGGGUAUUUCAGGUGCCAGUGUGGGAAAGCUGGCCCGAAUCUUACCCUGAAAGUGGCAGGCUGUUAAUGGCGAGCUGGUCGAAUGACAGCCGGGACUGUAGUCAUCACUGGAGGAAUAUUGGCUACGAUUAUCCUUCUCUGUAUAAUAAUCGUGUUGUGUUAUUGCCGCCUGCAGUAUUAUUGCUGUAAGCGAGAGGAAUGGGAUGGAGAUGAGGAGGAGCCUGAUUUUGCAGUCCACCCACAUCUGCCAGCUGCCUACUACAACUACAGUGCUGGAAAUGGAUUUCACUUUGGCUCUGUAGCCUACCCCCAAGAUCACUUCCAGUCCAGACCUUUCUGUUCCAACUGCAAGCCACUCUUCUAUGUACAUCAGAUUGAAGAGAUUCGGAAUGGGGGUGAGAACAUGAGCUACACCUCUGUCAGUGAGGAGGAUUUAGAAAUGCUGACGAAUCCCCAGGAAUUGCCCCUAGGCAGGGUCAAGAUGGCCAGAGACACUUUUAGUAGAAGUCGAAGUAUCAGCACUGAUGUGUAAAGAG